AUGCUGAAAGGGCCACUUGCGCCCCCUGAGACCUGGAAGAAAUCAUUUCUCCAGGGGCUGAAGCAGCGAGCGAUCAGGAUGGCCAGCGACAUCGCCAUCCUGCCCUCGCCUGCUAGAAUCCGAUCCGGGACCCAAAGGGUGACCCACUAUGUGUGCGGCGAGCAGCCGUGUAAAGCAUACCCUCAUCGGAACUCCCAAGGAAAACACCAGAAGACCCCUCGCCAAGAUGCAAACGAAGGCCAAAACCAGCAUGCGGUCCCAUUCAGGCACUCGCUGAAUCAAGUCGAGCAAAUGGCUUUUGACAGGUUGCCGGUAGCUAUGCAGAACAUGCAGCUGUUCGCAAUGAUACCAACGGACGAUAUGCACCGGGCAACCCAGCACGAGGCGCUGAUGACAAUGGCCCUGGGAGCGCCACCACCUAAUGGCGCCCAGCGAGUCCACACCGGCGUUGGCAGCAAAGCUGAAAGACGUGCCGAAGCCUGA